CCAACCAAGCGAAGGCACUCUCUCUCUCUCUCUCUCUCUCUCUCUCUCUCUCUCUCUCUCUCUCUCUCAUCCCGUCUUCUCCCUGGCCUCUCUCCUCUUCUCUCUCUCUAUUAGUUCCCAAAUCGCAGCAGCAGCAACAACAGAUCCAAUACAUACUAGGUUCCAUUGCAUCACACAUCAGUCACCCAAACCAUCAAAUCACACAGGCGAGGAGAGAGAGAGUGGGGGGGGGGCGGGGAGGGAGUGGGGGAGAGGAGGAAGCAGAUGAGAGAGAGAUGCUGCUACUAAAGCAGCAGCCCAUCUAUCCAUAAAUCAGGUAGCUCGCCAGCAAUCGCGUGCCGCCUUUCCACUCACGUACACCGCCUCUCAGCUCGGCUCGGUUGGUUCGUUGCCGCGUCAAAUCGGGGCAAAGCGGAGCCAGUCAUCCUGUUGCUUCGCGUGCUCCGCUGUUGCUUGCACCGCGCGUACCUUCAGGAACUCAGGAAGGAGAGGCAGCGAUCGAUCGGUCGGCCGGUCGGUGGUUGUCGUCGGCGCCCGGCAUGUCGUCCUCCUCGUCGUCGUCCUCCGCCGCCGCCGUGUUCCCUCCCUCCCCGCCGCCGCUGCUGGUGGAGAACCUCCCGCCGCUGCACCAGCUCACGCCGGUGGCCGCGGCGCCGCCGGCCGCCGAGCAGCUCUGCUACGUGCACUGCCACUUCUGCGACACCGUCCUCGUCGUGAGCGUGCCGACGAGCAGCCUGUUCAAGACGGUGACGGUGCGGUGCGGCCACUGCAGCAGCCUUCUCACCGUCAACAUGAGGGGGCUCCUCUUCCCGGGCACGCCGACGACGACGAACACCGCCGCCUCCGCCACACCAACUGAAGUCACCAGCACUACCACCACCAUCACCACGGCGCCGCCGCCGCCCGCCUCGUCGGCCAACAACGGCCAGUUCCACUUCCCCCACCCGCUCAACCUGGCACCCAACCCUCCCCACCAAUCCCUCCUGGACGAGAUAUCGAGCGCGAACCCGAGCCUGCAGCUGCUGGAGCAGCACGGUCUCGGCGGCCUGAUCCCCGGCGGCAGGAACGCCGCCGCGCCGCCGCCCCCGCCGCCGCUGGCCGCGGCGGGGAAUAAUAAAGGGGCCAAGCAGGAGGCGUCGCCGCGCGCUAACCCCGUCGUCAACAGACCUCCGGAGAAGAGGCAGCGCGUGCCGUCGGCGUACAACCGCUUCAUCAAGGACGAAAUCCAACGCAUCAAGGCUGGCAAUCCCGACAUCUCGCACAGGGAGGCCUUCAGCGCGGCGGCCAAGAACUGGGCGCACUUUCCGCAUAUCCACUUUGGACUCAUGCCGGAUCACCAGCAGGGGCUCAAGAAGACAAGCCUGCUACCUCAGGAUCAUCACCAGAGAAAGGACGGGCUCCUAAUAAAGGACGGGCUCUACGCGGCGGCAGCCGCUGCCGCGGCGGCUGCGGCCAACAUGGGGGUUGCUCCAUACUAAUUACUCAAGCUUAGCUGCUAGCGAGUUGCUGCUGUUUACCUAGCUGCCGAGACUCUCCUUUAACUUCUGGCUCCUGUGAACAGCCAAGCUAUAUAUCUAUCUAGGGCUUACUCGAUCGAUCCCUCUCUUGUUAAUCUGUGCUAUAGCUCUCGCUGUUGGAAUCAAGCACUACCUGCAAUGCAGGCAGGGGUUGAUCGAUCGAGCUGUUCAUCGCCUGCAUGGUCAAUUAUCCUGCUCUAGUGUCUCUGUUUUGCCGUUGAUUAAUUAUGUCAUGGAUGAA